UCGUGACCCUGGCACACGUGGGCCAAACGGCACAGACAAUUUCCCGCAUCAUAUAAUAUAGCUCGUUCGGCGCGUCCAGUAACAACUUCGCAUUUUAGCACACUAUAAUGCGCCAACAUCUACUAACCUCUUUUAUGCUUGACGUUUCCCGCUAAAUUUGCCCGCUAUACGACGAGCGUCGUAUGAGUUAAGCUAAAAACGAAAAUGAGUGUCAUCACGUACUGUAAUAUAGUUCUUUUCAUAAUCAAAGCUAGCUUUCGCUAAAUUACGCUUACGUAAUAGUGGUUCCAACUAAGUGACGCGUUACGCUUAACCUUGCUUGCUGACGACUGUUUGAGGGUAGCAUCAACAUGUUUCUCUUCUCUAAAAUUUCGGGAAUCCCUACAGGCAGUAACAACAUGGACGCGUUCGUCUGAAUUUUGUUGCGGCAUAACGUACACAAGCCUUUGGCGACCACAGCUAGCGUACUUACAUGAUGCUUGCAAUCGGCUCGCAACGGAUUCAGCGGACUCAGAAGACCUGAGUGCACCAGUACCCACGACCAAAUCCGACUCCUCGGAAAGCGCCGAGCUGACGCUCUCACGGGGCUCCAUCAUCAUGAUUCGGAUUUUUCCUCUCUCUAUCAGUUCUGCAACUGAUGGUGUGCGAUUGACAAGCGACAGCCAACUGCGACGAUUCUAGCAAAUUUCUCAUCUGUCCUCGACGUUACACCUACUGUGUGUAUAAUUCAUGUGGCCUUUUCUCUGACGAUCUUCGGAAGUACCAAUGCGUUGAUCUUCAUUGAUAUACAUCUAUUCUUUGCACAUGAACAAAUUAUUAUCCGUAUCUAUUGUCUGAUUGAUGCUAUAGCUGUUUCCAAUUCAUUCCAAAAUCUUUUGAAAGUUAUUUUUUCUUAAUGGCUAUUUGUCGUUGCCCUUGUAGUUGUGUUUUUGUUAUUUUUACAACUGUCGAGUACAAACGGGCCUGUGCAGACUUUCCUUGCCCAUCAUCGUAAGCAUCACCGCAGGCGAUUCGACCGUUUAUCCAAUGCCGAGUUCGCGACGGCGCCGUGGUUUUAUAACCAUGGUGAGCGAGGCCCCGCUGUUUCGCGCACUAAGACAGAGGCGAAUAAUUAAGCGACGCGAUAAGUGUCUUUUGCCAGAUGCCGUCUGUUCUUUUUUGAAUGGUUGCUCCCCUACGGUAUGGCUAGCUAGCUAGCUAGCUCCUUUGUCGGAGCGACAGUCCCGCUCACGGUCGAGUUUGUUGUCGGAGUCUGGGCUUUUGCAGUCGCUACCGACGACUUCCGUUACUUUUUCCGUCGGCCAGCUGUGUUUGUUGACGCAGGCGAAGCGGAGCGAAAGAGGCGACGGAGCAGCACAUUUUGGGGGACACAACGGUCCCGCGCCGGAUGGCUGAUCUGGUUUGAAAUGAAUGCCGCCGAAAACCAAAGUGAGCGCCGAUAACGCCUCGUCCCAAAGUUACGCAAAAGAAAAAAACAAUUGUGCCUGUUUCAAUAGAAUUGAGUAAACGUACUGAAGACGGAAGAGUUUUAGAAAUUUUAUCUUGCACCAUAGCUAUCAGAUCAUUCGUAUAUAUAUACAUGAAGACACAUUAUUUAAGACUAACGGUGCACAUAUUAGUGGAAAAUAGUCAAUGAAAGGCAUCUGCACACAACCAAAACACAGUGCACAUGUCUUGAAAAUGCUGAUAGAAAUCAAUAUAUCUGACAACAUCAAGGCGGCAUGAGUGCCAUGCCUGACCCAGUGUAUCUAUUAGAUCGUGCUAGGAAGAACUCCAUUACUUUUAAAGAACGGGGGCGGGCCUGUAUGGGCCCUAGCAAGCGGAGGGUGCCCAUGGCAACAAGGCCAUCAACAGGAGAGUUGCUGUCUGUCAUUUCUGGUCAUUUUCGAGUGAGAUAGAUUAUUACGAAGUCCUCACACAUCGACAUCAUAGCAUAGGGAGCUACUAUACAAUAGUUAGCCAUAGCCCUGUUGGAGUAAAACAUGUUAAUGAGGUCAUAUUUGUUGAGAAAAUAUGACUUUUUGAGAGUACGUUCGUUUCGUACAGUUGCGUGCUAGGCUCAACCUUUAUUCAAUUAGUUUUAAAAGCGCACAGGUCAAAAUGGCUGAAAGUUCAUCGGAUUCAUCCGAACUUCGAAACUACCUCACAGAGCUUCGUAAACGUACUAACUCACUAUCUAGAAUACCUAAACCUGCACAAAGCGCCGAUAGUUUUAUCUACGAAAGUAAGGCAGCAGAUGGGAAUAUAUCGUCAAAUGCAGUGGACUCUUCAGUACUAGUUGCUGGACGAAGUGGACGUGCGGCUGCUCUAUUGAACAAGGUCGCCGGCCUUGGAAUUGGUCAGAGACAGCGAAGACAAUCGCAGGCGGAAAACAAAUCGGGCAGUCCCACUUCUUCACCAACAUUAAGUAACAGUAAAAAAGAGGUAUCGUUUAGCGAUCGACAGACAAUACCAAGCAAAAUCCCUAGAAGUCCACAAUUGGUGAGAAGACAAAAUGAUUCGGCUACGAUUUCCAUCAGUCCACCUCGACAAAAGACCGGUGUUGAAAGUAAAUCCAGGUCAUCUCAAACUAAAAGCCCCGACGUGGGACGCCAUCAAAUCCGGCGUUCGCCAAGCCCGUACCACAAGAACUGCCAACAUUCAUUUCCGUCAUCGUCUCCAGAACCCCAGCGAACCCCAUCUCCGCGGGUGAAAUCGGCAAGGCUUCGAACAGGUUCCACGAAAAAUGCUUCGUCUACUGUGACAGAGAGUUCAGCGUCGAAAAACGAAUCCAAACCUGACAUUGAAGGACUUGGCGAGAAGGAUACGUCAGCUAAAUGCUCGACAGCGAAGCUUGCUAGUGAUAGUACAAAUAAAACAUCUACCACAACGAAAACUUCUACGGAAACUGUAUCGACCAAAACAGUUAAGCACGAGAAAAAUGCUGCUGAAGAUUACAGCGAUACAUUCGAAAAGUCCACUCCCAAAAUGAAGAGUACCUCUUCGAAGUAUAUUCGAUCGAAAAGCCUAGACACGGGUCAACACAAGCGAACCUGCAGUGACGGGAGGACAUUACCAGCAACGGGAGAGGGCUCGUUUCUCCGAACUCUGAAGAAGUCCAAAUCGACAAGUUUGGCAUCGUCAAGGUCGACAACAGUUCCCGAUUGGUGGUUCCCAGCAAUAUUACCUCCUCAACAUUUCGGCGGUGAACAUCUUGAGGAGCUACAGAAGUUGCACGCUGGCGUACUUGACGACCUGUUUCGAUUUCAAAUCGGAGUAAUAGAAAAGCAUCAGCAGCGGGCAGAUUCGCGCUACAAAGCCGUACGGGAGUUCGUCAAAAAAAGCCACGAAUAUACAAACUGGCGCGCGUACCAGAGUGAUCCACGGGUGCAGUUCGUCAAGUGGCAUAAAGCGACCAGCCAUUUAAAGACUCCUUGAUUUCCCUUGGCUAUGCUCAUCCAUUAUAUCAGGAUGGAGAAUUGUUUGUUCAGUAUAUUCAUGGGACCGGGUACAAUAAUAGCAAGUGAUCGAUGGAUUUUCAUCAAGAAGAAAGUACAUAAUAAGUCGAUGGAUAUCCUCUAUCUCCUAUCCGAAUCGAGGCCAGGUGAACUAAUUAUCGGAAACCUACUAUCCCACUGAGCAAACGUUAAAGUUCACCUAAUCAUAAGUUGAAGUUUCUGGAACAAAAACAAGUGUUGAUUGAAGCCAAAAGUGAGUGUAGGUGCGCUUUGCAAGAUAAUAAUGUAUUCAUUUGCUCGGUCCAAAAUAAAAUCAUGCACGACGUGUAUUAAACGCAACGAAAACGAAUGUAGUCUCUUGUCAAACAGCUUCGACAACAUGAUUAUCUACAAUAUCAGAAUGGUUUUCCCGAUAUCGAAAUGUGCAUCUGACAAAGUUCGAAGAGGUGGUACUUUUGAAUUGAUAACUAAGGGCUGAAGUAGCGAACGAAAAUGCGAUAUCGCUGGUACUUACUUUCGUCAGGGGGCGGAAGAUGAUCGCGCAUAGCUAAACCGCUUAACGAAUUUUCGACACGUUGCGUUCCGUAAAACAAGGGUCGCUGUCUCAA